CCAUGUGGAGGUUUGUCCUGGCUGUCAGUCUGCUCUGCUGCAGCUCUGACGCCUCAGUCACCUGCAAAGAUGAGAACGAGGGACAAGUGGACUGGUUCAUCUUAUACAAGGCGCCCAAACAGAAAGACAAGCGCACAGGUCUGGAGUAUAUCUACAUUGGUCCAGAUGCACAUGGGAAGGUCACUAAACGUACUGGUACUGACAUCAAAGAUGUCCUGGGAAACACCUUGGAGCCCAUCUUGAAAUCAGUCAGAAAAAUGCCAGAAGACUUUGGGUUCAUCAGCUACAGUGACCAGCCUCCUGGGUGUAGUGCUGACAACCAAAAGUUUGGCCACAGUAAAGGAGUUGUGAUGGUGGAUAAAACUACAGCAGUCUGGCUCUUACACAGCACACCACAGUUCCCUUUCAGAAGAGAUCAAAAUAAAUUCUGGCCUCCAAGUGGAGCAAAAAAUGCUCAGACAUUUAUCUGUGUGAAGUUUCCCAGUGAGCCAGCAACAUCGAACAUAUAG